UGUACCCUACACUGUAAAAAGGCAACAUGUAGAAUGCCAAACUGAUCCUCCACAUGCAACAUCAGUGGGCACACAGUAUGAUCAGUCAAAAAAACAGAAAUCAGUCAGCACACAAUUGUCCUUUGGUAAACUAAGGGACUGGCAUAUGAGGAGCAAAGGUUGCCAGGCAGCAGUGUUGUGUCACAGUGUUUCCACUGAAACAACAUCAGCGUACCCAGAUUUCCCAUUCGGAUUACAAUCUCCAAUCUCUUCGACACCUAUGAAGACCUCUGCUUUUAAUCCAAAGAAAAGACGUUGCAUAGAGUUGGAGGAGGAAGAUACUGAGAGCGAAACACUAUGUGAACCUCACGACACCACAUAUAACCCAGAAGACACAGUUGUUACUGAAGAAUCAGAACUGUCAUUUGUGCAAAGUUCCUCAUACAAUGAAAAAAAAUACGUUGUAUUUGAAAGCUGCCUCCGAGACUUGUUCGACAUCUGUACACUUUGCCGGAGGAAGUGUGAUGUUCGUCAACGGCAACAGGGAACUUUUGUGGCAUUCAGUCAACUUUGCUCAAACUGCAGUUACAACAAACAGUGGAAUAGCCAGCCCAUUGUUGGAAGUACACCUACAGGAAAUCUUCUUCUGUCUGCUGCAACGUAUUUCACUGGUAAUUCAUUCAUCCAGAUAGAAAAGGUUUUCCGUGCCAUGAAUCUCCAGGUUUUUCAAUAUGACACAUUCAGGAGACAUGCAAGGAAUUUGUUGGAACCGGCUAUUGUCCACAAGUGGAAAACAGACCAAGCGAAUAUGCUUUUGGAGUUGCAGAAGAAUGAUAAAAUUGCAAUUGCUGGAGAUAUGAGAGCAGACUCACCAGGACACUCAGCAAAGUAUGGUAGCUACACUCUACUCGACUUGAACACCAAGACCAUAAUCGACCUUCAGCUUGUUCAGAGCAAUGAAGUUGGAGGAAGCUAUCACAUGGAGAAGGAGGGCCUGAAGCGUUCCCUAGAUCUUCUGGAUUCAAAUGGUCUGAUGGUGGACUACAUUGUGACUGACCGACAUCCACAAAUCCAAAAGUUUUUGAGAGAACGCAGCAUUACACAAUACUAUGAUGUGUGGAAUUUUGAAAAAGGUUUGUCAAAGCGACUAUCCCUUCUGGCAGAACAAAAGGGCUGUGAGGUUUUAAAGAAAUGGUUGCGCAGUAUUAGAAAUCAUGUUUAUUGGUGCGCAACAUCUUCAACUUCUGGACCUGAGAAGGUGGCCAAGUGGAACUCCUUGAUAAUCCAUCUUCAAAAUGUGCAUGUCCAUGACGACCCUACAUUUUCCAAAUGUGAACAUCCGGACCAAGAGUCUACAAAUUCAACGAAAUGGUUAACACCAGAUUGUACCUUGCAACCAUGCAUUAUAAUGAAAAUGCAGACCGUGAGCAAGCUGUAACAAAAGCAGGAGAGGCAAAGUUCAAGGUUGUGUCCCCAAAAUCUAAGAGAGGGGAAUGCAUCGCAAGGCCAGUAAAAACACAAGCAACAUACUUUUAUGUGGAUGACCUGAUCAGGCUUGUGUUUGACGAGGUGCUUGAGGACCCAGCUCCAUUUGUUGAAAAGCUGAAGGAAAUCCCGAUUCCAUUGGACCUGGCAUCACAAUUCGAGAGGCCUUCUAAGGAGGACAUGA